AUGGUAGUGAAUACCACAAGCCCACCGCCUCCAAGACGGACGCCACUCCUCCAAUCCACGCCUGACCCUGGCCCCGUCCUUUCACCUCAGGGGCUGGGGUCAACGGCGAUCCUCUCCACCAAGCCGGCCCCACCAUGGGUCAAACAUUUCUGGGUGGAGGGUGUACACAACUCCAGAGAGCGAGCGCAUGACGGGCAUCCAAACGAUGCCGCCGGCCGCCAUAAACCAUGGCGGACUGCCAAUCUCGGGUCGAGUGCACUCCAGCAACCGGUUUGGCCUCCGUCCGCCGCAGUUUGGUCAGAGCGUAUCCAACACUUUCUGCCUCUCCUGGACCUUCCCGCCGUGAAUGUCCGUCUGAUCGUUCCCCCAAACGCUGGCCAGAGCGUAUCCAACACAGUGUUGGACCUUUGGAUCCAUCCGAUCCCCCAGAAACGCCUGCCAUCGAUCGCCGAAGUGCUCCAGCGCCUGCCGGAGCUGGCCAGUGAUGACUCUUGCACUCAAGCCCGCUUGCCCGUGGCCUGGCGCGGCUCGCGAGCCUUGCUCGCGAAUACCAUGAAGAGAACCAAACAUGUCUGUCGAACUGCACCACACCCGUGGCCUGGCCCUUGA